AUGACAAUCCAAAUCCCAGCCCAGAACUCCCACCUUACCCGAGCCCGCGCCAGCCAAAAUGGCAAAGACUGUAUGGCACUCUACCAUGAAUGGGCCGCCACUUACAACGAUGAUCUUGCAGACGCAUCUCAAGAUUAUGUUGCUCCGGUCUUAACAGCCCAGGCUGCCCUUCAAUGGACCAAGAAUGUCAGGGGCGCGAUACUGGAUGCUGGUUGUGGCACCGGGCUUGUUGGAGAAGCUCUUGCACAGGGUGGUGCAGUGACUAUUGAUGGCGUUGACUUGUCCCCUGCAAUGCUCAAGGUCGCAGAACAGACUGGUGUCUAUCGGAAUCUCGAUUUAGUGGACCUGACUAAACCGAUCAAUAAGCCAGAUGACACUUAUGACAUUGUGACAUGCGCCGGCACUUUCACCCAGGGUCACGUCGGUCCUGACCCUGCUUUGAGAGAAUUUGUUAGGCUUACCAAGCCAAACGGCCUCAUUGUUGCGACGAUACUCCAUGAGAUUUGGAAACCAGGCGGAUACAAAGCCGAAGUCGAAAAGCUCGAGGCAGAAGGCCUGAUCAAAGUGCUCAGUAUCGAUCUCAGGGACUACAGAAGAGGCCCAGGCGACAAAGCAACAUUGAUUGUCCUAGAGAAGACGGAAUCCGCUUGA